UAAAUUCUUUGCACUCCAUUCCAAAUAGAAGAACAGUUUCCCAAAGGAAUUCGUUCAUCUUGUGAGGAACUGUGAACUUUUCUUGCAAAUUCAACGUCUCUAUCUGUUAUUCUUCAAGAACAGACUUAACUGAAAGAAUCUGAACAGAAUUUAGACCUGAAAAUUUGAUGUUAAAAACUUUAGAUUGAACCGUUAAAUCUUUACACUCAUUUCAAGAAGUAUUUCAUAAAGAUUUUAUAUAGAAUGGCAGCUUAUUUUCCCUCUAAACUUAGAAUCACAGCCCUACCAAUUGCCGCAGCCGCAGAAAUUAAAAGAAUCAACAAUACUACCAUUAUCUCGGGAUUUGAAGCAGAAUUAAUAAAUCUAUUAUCACGUAAACUAAAUUUCGAAUAUGAGAUUCUUGUUCCCACCGACUUAUUGUACGGUUCAAGGGAUGCAUUCGGGAACUGGACAGGAAUGAUGGGAAUGCUUGCAAGGAAUGAAGCUGACGUGGCAUUCUCAUUAAUGGGUAUCACCGAAGAGAGGUCAGCUGUAGUGGACUUCAGCAUACCUUACCUCCCUUUCGAAAAAACGUUUCUGAUGCACCAUGCUUCAUUCCUGCCCAACACAUCAGCAUUCACGUAUCCUUUCAGCAGACUCGUAUGGUUUUUAUUCUUUAUCGUACUCCUCUUAGUAACAGUGCUAUUUCGAGCUUUGAUCUCCCCAAGAGAUUCUGUUUGUUCCGUUUUCAUCAAAUUGUGGGCAUCUUCUUUCGGACAGGGACUGAACUACAACCCUCGUUCAAUGUCCAGGCGAAUACCACUUGGAAUUUGGCUCAUUUAUUCAUACCUGAUUAUUCUGAGUUACAGCUCAGUCCUGUUAUCGUUUUUGACAUCCCCGAUUAGAAUGAAGCAAAUAAAAGAUUUCAAGGAACUCUACGCUGCAGUCAGAGAGGGGGAAAUGGAGUGCCGAGCAGCAUUGCCCACUCUGGAAGCAGAGUAUUUGUCGAAAAGCGAUAUACCCCAUCUCAAAGGAUUAGGAGAAUAUAUUAAAAAGAAUAAAUGAUACUUCUCACCUAAUACCCCCCAAAGUGUACCGAAGCACGCAGCAAUGCUUGGAUCACCCUUACUAUUUCGCAUAAUUUUUGGUAAUCCUCAAACGCACUUUUAUUCGAAAGAUUAUU